UUUUGUGGGGGGGUCGUCGGUUCUGGGUCGGGGAGAUCUAGGUCAAUUCGGAUUCGAUUUGGGGGGGGGGGGGGGGGAAUUGGGUUAGGGUUUCGAUUCGCGCCCCCGAUGCGCUCCUCGUCCCUGCGCGCCGAUUGGUUUCGCCCGGAUUUUUGGCCGCGGCGGCGCGCGGUUUAGGGUUUCAUUUUUCGAUUUCUUUUAAAGUUUUUUUUUGAUGUUUCGUGGCGUGGUUGGGUUAACUUGCCGGCGUAUGUGCUGGGUAAUUGAUGGUCAUGUGUAGAAAUGGCCGUGGGUUUCGUCGUGUUGAUAUUGAUGUGUGCUGGUAUGUAAAUUUUGGGGUUCCAGCCCCCCCUGUAUUUGGUUUGUUAGUGGUUUUAAAGAUUGGAUUUUGUUGCUGGGUUGCUUGGUUGUAAUUGGAGUCUUUCCGGGUGCUCGGUUGAUUAAUUUCGUGGGAGAUUGUUGAUUAUCGUCGGAAAGUAUCUUCUGGUGCAUUCGUUGCCUAUCGGAACCUUUGUUUUCGUCGUCCGAUGUUUGGGCAAUCUUGAUGUUGUGUAGUAGGAUAGGAUGCUAAGAAUUCCAGAGUUUGCAAAUUGUUCGUGGACUAUGCUAGCAUCUCAACGAGCCUGCGAAUGAUAAUGGUUAUACCGAAAUUGCAAUUCCGCUACCACGGAUCAGCAUUUUCGAGCUGUUUGACCACAAGAACUGGUGUAUGACUAGCGACUCGAGGGCUUAUACUCGGUGGUCGACAUCUCGCUGUGAAUUGAGACAAUAACCCGAUUUUACAAAUCAAAUAGGCAUUUUUCUCGCACAAACCAGAUUCUGAAGAACAUCGGACUUGAUCCUAGAUUCUAAGAUAGUGAGUUCAUUCUCUAAUUUUACAAAUCACUCUUUGGUUGAUGGUGCAGUUCAGCUUGGGACUUGUUUCAAAUUUUAGCAUAAUUUUUUUUAACGUGAGUUCAUUUCGGCUUUUUUUGCAUGUUUCCACCAGUAGGCAAGCCCCUUACAUAAUUUGAUAUAUGGACUAUGCACCUUUUAUGUUCUCUUUGAUUGAAUAGUGAUUAUCAAGUUUGGCUGGUGGUGUACUUCCUUUCUCAAUAGCUUGAAACUAAUGACAUUAGGGUGUGAAAUUCUCUGCUCAGGUACAAUUUAUGUUCUCUUUUGUAGAUGUGCUCCUCUAUUUAAUUCUUGUUUGUUUGUUGAAUCGCCAUUACCAGCAUUUGCCCCUGAAAUUUCAUCGAUUUUACAUAAAUGGAAUCCUCCAAAUGCACGUACAUGGCAAAGUGGACUGAGCCGUUGACCGAAUUGUUUGUAAGUCUGAUGGUAGAUGAGGUAAAAAUGGGAACUCGCACGUCAUGUACCUACAACAAAGUUGGGUGGAUUAACAUUGAAAAAAAAUUCAAUGAACAAACAGGACUUCACUUUAGUCUAACACAGUUCAAGAACAAGGCACAUAAACUGAAGAGAAAAUAUGGUAGUUUUAAGAAACUGCUUUCAACAACGGGAUUUGGAUGGGACGAUGACAGCAAGAAGGUUGUUGUGGAUGAUGAAACUGUUUGGGCAAAUCACAUUAAGGAUAAUACUGAAUGGGCCAAGUUCAGGAAGGACGGAUUUCCUUUGUAUUCACAGCUUUGUGUUGUGUUUGGGGAUACAUACGCCACUGGGGAGUUUGCAAUGGGAAAUGCGCAAAGCGUGGCACCGUCGGAGGGUACAGGUGACAGCGGUGGUGGUGGUGACAAUGAUGUUCAUGUCAACCUAAGCGAACCUGAACUGUUUUUUGAAACUCAAGCUGAUGCGGAACAAUUUAACGUGUCGACGAGCCCACCUCCAAAAAGUCACAUGUUGGAUAGGACUCCAAAUGCCAAGAGGAGGAGAAAGAGCAGUUCGCAUUCAUUUGACGCGACUUGCAAAGCCAUUCAAGAGAUGAUCAAAGCUAAGACGGUUCAAACAUCAAGUGCCUCCGUCACCUCACAGUCCUCAACACCUGUGGACCCUUACUCUAUAACAAAUGUGGGUGUUGUCCUAAAUGCCAUGCCUGACUUGAACAAGGUUCUUUACAUCAAAGCUAUGAAACAUGCUGUUAGUAAUGCCUCUUGGAGAGAGGGCUUCCUAACAUGUCUUCCCGAAAUGAGAAUUGCCUUUAUUGAGGCUAUGGAUGAGUAGUUGGGGGUUGUUGAGUAGUUGUUAGGCUAUAGUAUGCCGUUUUAUGUUUGAGUUCAUUUCAGCUUUUCACUUAUGUAUUUCAGACAUUGACUUGUCUUUAUGACUAUGCGUUUGUGAUAAUGUUGAAACUUUGCUUUAAUGUGAUUGAAUUCCAUAA